AUGGAGGAAACACUCAACAUCACCAUUGAUCCGGCUUGUUUACAAGAGCCACCGCUGGCUAUUGACGUGAUAAAGCAGCUAGAUUUGUUUCAAAUGUGCCUGUACUCCAUGCUCACCUUAAUGUCCUGCAUCUCCCUGCUGCUCUACCUGGACCUGUGCAUGUAUAUUUAUAAAACCCAACCCUACCCAAAGAAGACGACCCUCAUCUGGAUAAGUGGUGCAGCACCAGUCAUUUCUACCAUGUCUUGUUUUGGGAUGUGGAUCCCGAGGGCAGUCAUGUUCACAGACAUGACGUCUAACUGUUAUUUUGCAGUUGUGGUGUAUAAGGUUUUGGUUCUGCUGAUCGAGGAGUUUGGGGGCACCAAUCCUUUUCUGCAGCGGUUUUCCGGUAAAACCUUUAGGGUCAGCACAGGACCUUGCUGCUGCUGCUGCCCAUGUUUACCCUGGGUGCCAUUUUCACGGCGACUGUUAUUCUGGCUGAAGUUGGGUGCUCUUCAGUAUGCAAUCUUAAAGACGGUGCUCUCUGUCCUCUCUAUAAUAUUGUGGACAAACGGCAACUUUGAUCUAAGCGAUCUAGAGAUCACUGGUACAUCCAUUUGGAUUAAUCCAUUUAUUGGCGUUCUCACUAUCAUCUCCCUCUGGCCUGUUGCCAUCAUCUUCAUGAACACUAACCGCUUCCUACGCAGCACCAAAAUUAUACCCAAGUAUGCCAUGUAUCAGCUAGUGCUUGUACUGAGCCAGCUGCAGACAUCAGUCAUUAACAUCCUGGCCUUGGAUGGAACCAUCGCCUGCUCCCCUCCCUUCUCUGGUGCAGCUCGAGGCUCCAUGCUAAGUCAGCAGAUGAUGAUCAUGGAGAUGUUCAUCAUUGGUCUGGUCAAUCGAUUUUUGUACCGUCGAACGUAUGACCCACUUCCCCCCUGUGAGGAACAUGACAAUGAGCAGAACGCUAAAAAAUGUGACCAAGGUGACAACAUACCCACAUUACUACUUUCUACCCCAGAAAGAGUCCCUGUGAGGAUUGUCCACAGUGAGGUGUGAGUUACCCUG